AUGGAUGUGAUCUUCGAGCCUCAAAGAGGAAGACCGUUCUCCAUUGAAGUGGGUUUCUUUGACACAGUACAAGAUAUCAAAGAGAAGAUCCAGAAAUACCAAGGGAUCCCCAUGACCACACAAACCCUAAUCUUCAAUGGCCAGGUCCUUCCGGACGAGCGCGACGUCGAGCACUGCGAGAUCCUACAGAACUCGCACGUCCAGCUCGUUGUGGUCGAUGCUGCCUCACCCCAAAACCCAAGCAAGGCCGAAGAACCCUCUCCAUCUCCGAGCACGAAACUCCAGCUCAACGUGAAGAGCGCUUCCUUGAAAGCGCGCAUCUCAGUCGAGAUUGACGCGAGCAACACGGUGGCGCGAUUGAAGGACAAGAUCCACGAGAUCGAGGGCGUGCCCACAGGCCACCUGGCUCUCCAGGUGAACGGCAUGGAGUUGCAAGACCACCAGUCGGUCGGGGAGUGCGAGCUCUCGGACAACGCCGAGGUCGAGGUCUCCAUGAAGCAAUGCUCCCCGACGACGUCGGCGGCACCCAUGUCCUCCAAAAAGCUGAGGGUGAUGGUGCUGCCGAAGUGCGGGACGAAGAGGAUCGCGGUCGAGGUGAGCGGGUCGGACAACGUCGGGGAGCUGAGGAAGGAGCUCCAGAAGCUGCAGAAGUCGGACCAGUUGCAUCUGCCGCAGGAAGGCUAUUUCUUCAUAUACAAGCAGAAUGUGAUGGAUGAAGAUAGGUCGUUUAGGUGGCACCAUGUUGCGCAGGGUGACACCAUUGAGAUCUUCAACGGAAGCGUUACGGGCGGAUCAUAGCACCAUUCUCGUUUGCCCCUUCUUUUUUUUACUCC